CUUUAAGCUUUGAACUGAUUUGCCCCUCUAAAUUCUUUGUUUUAUUUUACUUUCUCUCAUCAAUAUACACUUCCACUUCAUCAAGCCAUCAACUUACUAACCUGGCGCUAUCGAUUUCUCACCAUGAGUCCUAGUGCGGUGAACGGCGAGGCCGCCGUAGGCCCUGAGGGACCUCGACAGAAGAGCAGGGCCAACGUCGAUACGAUACGUGUGGGCUGCAUCGCCCUAGUCGAGAAAGACGGCCAAGCGCGACGCGCCGAGAUCCUCAGCAUACGAGAUACCAAAAGCGGCCGCCAAUUCUACUGCAACUUCGACAACUUCAACAAGCGACUCGAUGAGUGGGUGCCCGUCAAACGAAUAGACUUCGAACAGGACGUGGAAUGGCCGAACCCCGACAAAGACAAGCCGAAGGAUGGUAAGGGCAAGAAUUCCACCGCGCCCAAGAGGAAACUGGUAGGCAACAAGGCGCAAAAGAGACCGGGGAAGAGGGAGCAGUCAGUCAUGUCUGAAGCCGUAACCCCUCGUCCGUGGGUCGAUUUCGCCGACAGUCAGUCCCAAUCGAAAGCGCCGUCCACACCACAAGACUUCGAAUCCAAGGCUGGAGAAACGCCAGCGGCAAACGGCGAUGAAAUGGAUAUAGACGACGAAGACCAGGCACCCGAGGUUAAGAAAGAGGAUGGAUUCAGCAGGGAAGCAGAAAUAGAGAAGCUGCGUACCGGUGGAUCCAUGACCCAGAACCCGACGGAACUGGCGCGAAUACGAAAUAUAUCCAGAGUACAGUUUGGACAAUGGGACUUGUUUCCCUGGUAUUUCUCACCGUACCCAGAGUCAUUUACCCAAGAAGACGUCAUAUCCAUAUGCGAAUUCUGCCUGAGCUACUACGGCGACAGAAAGUCAUUCUACCGACACCGCCAAAAGUGUACGCUCCAACACCCGCCCGGCAACGAGAUAUACCGCGACGACUACGUCUCCUUCUUCGAGAUCGACGGCCGUCGCCAGCGCACCUGGUGUCGGAAUCUGUGCUUGCUGUCCAAGAUGUUCCUCGACCACAAGACGCUCUACUACGACGUCGACCCCUUCUUAUUCUACGUCAUGACGCAGAAGAGCGAGAAAGGCCACCAUCUCGUGGGGUACUUCUCCAAGGAGAAAGAGAGCGCCGACGGCUACAACGUCGCCUGCAUUCUCACGCUCCCCCAAUACCAACGAAAAGGCUUCGGCCGCCUGCUCAUCCAAUUCUCCUACGAGCUCUCCAAGAUCGAGGGCAAGCUCGGCUCGCCCGAGAAGCCCCUCUCCGACUUGGGAUUGCUCAGCUACCGCCAAUACUGGUCCGAGAACAUCCUCGAGCUCCUGCUCGACUGCAACGACCGCGACGAGAAGUCCAGCAUCGAGCAGAUCUCCACCGCCCUCGCCAUGACCACCCAGGACGUCGAGCACACCCUCCAGGCCCUCAAGAUGCAGGUCUACCACAAGGGCGAGCACAAGCUCGUCGUCCCCGAGUCCCUCAUCAAGCUCCGCGACAAGGCCCGCCAGAAGAAGAAGCGCUACAUCGCCCCCGAGCGCAUCCAGUGGAAGCCCCCCGUCUUCACGGCCUCGUCCAGGACCUGGGGGUGGUAGGCGCGCACCUAUGUAGGUAGCGGUUGUUUUUUACUAGUAAGCUUGUCUACCUACGUAACCUAAUUAUGACGUUCAAGCGAAGAAUAAAAAUAGAAUAAAUCAUCUUCAUAUGGGAAUAUUGUCACGGCGCAUGAACAAAGCAUGGACUAGGCUGGGAUAGGGCAGGAUAGGAUGGGAAGCGAAGAAAGGCGGAAAUCGCAAUGAUGUUUACAACUAAGAUACCCAUGUUUCAAAGCCAAGUUGCU